UUCUCACAGCUCGGCCAACAAGGAGGAACCUCAGAAGGCACUUUCAGUGGUCUUUUAUCUGUCGUACGAUCCCCAAAAGGGGGGAUUUUAGUGUGAUUCUCCUGGCCGAAGUGUCGCUCUGUGUGGGAAAAGUGAUCUCUGGUGUGGUGUGACUUGUGAGACAAGUGUUUUGGGGCACAAAAAGUCAUCGAUAAGAUCCAAAAAAAAACUCUCGAGUGGAGCUUAAACACAAAGCGCACGGAAAUAAUUUAAAUAAUUGUGUGUGAUGUAGAGGAAGAAAAGCGACGUUCUAUUGUUGGUCUGUCUUCAUCCGUCGUGUCGCGCCUGGUAAAAUCCGGAGGUAUAUUUUGUCCGCGGGCAGUGCAGAAGAAAUUGUGAAAAUCUUUGCGUAAUAUAUCAGAAAAGAGAGAGGGAGGGAGAGAGAGAGAGAGCGAGAGAGAUAAGCAAGAAAUCCGAUGGAAUUUAUGACUGCCGAGCGAAUACAAAUAGUAUGAAUGUAAUGAAACAGCGCUUGUAAAUACUGCAAAAGAGCAUAAAUAUCGGCCUCAGCGCGCGACUUGCUCGUGAUAAGCGACAGAGAGAGAGAGGGAAAACACAACUAAUAAUGUGCAAUUAUCAGAGCACAUUGAUAAAAUAGAGGUGGAAUCACAAACACACACGCGGCAGCCGAAAAAGAAUCCACACACAGGCAACAAAAAAUUAAUAAUCAGCCAAAGCAACAGAUGGAUUCCCGGCGUGCGCUUCUGUUGACUUUGGCGUGGUUCUGCCUGGCGCAGGCGAGAAUACCCGAAGAGCCGGCCGUGCCCAAUCAGAUGGUCACCACAGAGUCCGCGCUGAUCGUGUCCACGCAGCCUUCAACGGCGGAGCUUCUCUAUCCGCCGCAGAGCGGGCCGUGCUUCUACGCCACCGCCGAGAUGUGCACGAGCGAUGAGAUCCACCAGGCCAAGUACCAAAUCCCCAAUUGCGAGUGUCUUCUGCAUCCCACGAUACCGCAAUCGCUGAUCUGCUGCAACGUGACAAAUCUCACGAAUAUCACAUCGUGUCAGGAGCCCGAUCCGUCGGAGCACUGGAAGAAUAUUCACGUGAGGAAUGCCAGCCUGGAGGAGUUGGACAUUUCCAAUGGGUUCUGGAAGCUCUUCGAGUCCAUCUCCAUCACGGAUGGCACGCUGAAGAGGAUCACGCGAGAGUUCACGAAGUUCUCAGCCACAAAAUGCUUCAAUGUGUCCAACAACAAUCUCAAUGAGAUUCAGCCGCGCGUCUUCAAGAAUCUCAUGCAGCUUCAGGUGCUGGACAUCUCGUACAACAAUCUCUCCACCAUUCCCAACAUCAACAGGCUCACCAACCUGACAAUUGACAUUCGCGGGAACAAGGACAUGCUGUGCAAGUCCGUGAGUGAAACCAUCGAUCCGGAGCGACUAGAGGUGAACUUCGUGGAGCCGGACAAGACGUACUGCCUGACCAAUCAGACGUUCAACUGGUUCAACUCCACGGACAGCGUGCCGCUCAGGCAGCUGUACAGGAUGAAGCAGCUGCAGUCCGAGUGCCCGAAGGACUGCGAGUGCGCCGUGGAGAGGAUGAACUACGAGCAGCAGACGCACGAAGACGGAGUGCCGCUGCUGAUCUUCUCCGCCAAAGUCGACUGCUCCAAUCGCGGUCUCACGGAACUGCCCGAGAAGCUUCCGGCCAACACAUAUUCACUCAACGUGUCGUGCAAUAAUAUCACCAGCUUGUCAGCCCUCAACGUGAAUCCCACGUACCAGCAGAUCAUCCGUCUGUAUGCGGACAACAACCAGAUCUCCUCGCUGCUGGACCUCGAGGGCACGUCCUUCAUUGAGGAGUUCGAGGUGCUGUCGCUGCGGAAGAACAAACUAAAGUCCAUCCCCAUCUAUCUGCUGUCCAACACGCUGGACAAGAAUCCGCGCGGCAAGAUGCUGUACUUCGAGGGCAACAAGUUGCACUGCGACUGCAACUCGGCCAAGGUGCUGCGUCUGUGGCUGCUGGCCAGGCAGAACCACAUCAAGGACUGGGACCAGAUCCUGUGCGAGAACAUGCCGCAGAUCGUGGUGGAGCUGUCGGAGAUGAAGCUGUGCCAGAGCCAGCACGACUGGACGGACUACAUCUACUACCUGAUCGCGGCGGAGAUCUUCCUGCUGGGCGCGCUGGUGUUCAAGGUCUCCUACGACUACUGGGUGUUCAAGACGGCCGGCUACCUGCCGUGGCCGGCCAGCAAGAUGCCCAAGCUGCCCUGCGACUGGCUCUGCGAGUCCUGA